AUGGAAUUACAUCAAUUUGAAUUAACAAAUUCAAGUCAAAGUUAUUUAAAUAAUGCAAACAUCACCUUGUUUCAAUCUUUUCUCAAUUAUAUCAAUCAUCGCAUAAAAAGAAUUAAAGAAGAAAUAGCUUAUGAAAAAAUUCCAAUUUAUAAACGAAAAUUAUUAAAUACUCAACGACGUUCAAAAUCAACAAACAAAACAGUAUCUAUCAAGCCGAAUGUUAUUUUGGAUCUCAUUUAUCAUCCAUUUACUGAUAUUCAACUUGCUUAUCUUUCACGAGGACCUACCUACAUACGGCCCAAUCCUAGUGUAUUUUUUCCAAAAAGAAUACUGGAAAAACGAAUUAAGAACGAACAUGAUGAUACAAUUAAUAAAAUUAAGACUUAUAUGUCCAAUUUAAAACAUAUACCAAAAAUACCUUUAUCAUCAUCCUUAUAUAAAUCCUAUUCGGAACAACUUCAAUCCUGUCUAACUCAAAGUUAUAUGAAUCUUAUACCGUUAACAGAACAAAUACGUGCUCUACGAGAAUUAAAAAUUGUUCAAUCAAUUCGAAAAAAAUUAAAAAAAUAUAAACUUAUACUUCGUGAAACAGACAAGAGUGGUGUACUACACAUUGGUCGUGCCAUUGAUUAUGAACGGAAAGCAGCUGAAUACAGACAAACAACCGGUGCCUAUGAAGAAUUAACUUCGAAUCCAUACGAUGAUAUUAUUUGUACUGUAACUCGUUUACUUAAUCAAUUAAAAUCUACGAAUCGAAUUAGUGAAUGGCAAAGAGGCAAAAUGAAUCCUGUUCGGAAAAUAACAGAAUUAGCUUAUAUGUAUUUUAUACCGAAGCCACAUAAGAAAGCAACACCACUUCGACCCAUCUUGAAUACCAUACAUGCUGCCACCAAGCAAAUUUCUCAAUAUUUAGAUAAAUUAAUUCGACCUGUAUUCGAUCGAUUUGUACGUCCAACAACGUUAGUCGAUGGUGCUGAUCUUCUCGAACGACUUCAACAAUAUAUUCAUAAAGGUUAUUUUAAUUCAUCGACUCUCUUCAUUACAUUCGAUAUUGCCAAUCUUUAUACAAUGUUACCACAAGAAGAAUCCUUAGUUGUACUUGCCGAAUUUCUUCGUGUACACAAUUGUGAAAAAGUAAAUGGAAUUUCAAUUGAUACUAUUGUUGAAUUAGGUCGUAUUGUACUUAAAUAUAAUGCAUUUGUAUGUGGAAAGAAAUUUUAUCGACAAAUUAUUGGUGGUGCUAUGGGUUCAGCAUUUACUUUAACAUUAGCAAAUAUUUUUAUGUGGAAAUGGGAACGACAAACACUUUUACCAAAAUUAGGUUCUCAUGAAAUAUAUGGCCGAUACAUUGAUGAUGUUUUCUUUACAUCGAACCAAACCGAAGAGAAAAUUAAACAAUUAUUAGAUGCGGCAAACAAUUUCCAUCCAAAUAUUAAAUUAGAAUAUACAAUUGGUAAAAGUGCUCCCUUCCUCGAUGUUUUAGUGAAGAAUAACAAUGGUAUGUUGGAAUCAUCAAUCUAUCGUAAACCUUCGGCUCAACCAACAGUAGUAUCAUUUCUAUCGGAUCAUCCACGACAUGUAUUUCGAAAUGUGAUCCAAACGGCUUUGACCAGAGCGGCACGAUAUUCAUCUUCAUUUGAAAUAUUUAAUAAUGAACGACGUGCUAUUCAUUCAAUGUUAUUAUACAAUAGAUAUCCAUCGACUUAUAUACACGACCAAUUUGAAAAAUUCUUCGUUAAGUUUAAUUCAUCAGCAUCAUUUUCUUCGUCACUUUUAUCCAUGAUAAUAGAUGAAAAUCAAUUUUCUACAUUACAUCAAACAAUAACAAAUGAACCGACCGCUAAACAAACACAACUUACUAUAAGUCGUAUUGUACUUAAAGCCAAUGCAUUUGUCUGUGGUAACAAAUUUUAUCGACAAAUUAUUGGUGGUGCUAUGGGCUCAGCAUUUACUUUAACAUUAGCAAAUAUCUUCAUGUGGAAAUGGGAAAGACAAGCUAUUUUACCAAAAUUAGGUUCUCAUGAGAUAUAUGGCCGAUAUAUUGAUGAUGUUUUCUUUACAUCGAACGAAACCGAAGAAAAAGUCAAAGAAUUAUUAGAAGCUGCAAACAAUUUCCAUCCAAAUAUUAAAUUAGAAUAUAAUAUUGGUAAAAGUGCUCCAUUCCUCGAUGUUUUGGUUAAGAAUAACCAUGGUAUUCUGGCCUCAUCGAUCUAUCAUAAACCUUCGGCUCAACCAACAGUGGUAUCAUUUUCAUCCGAUCAUCCACGACAUGUAUUUCGAAAUGUGAUUCAAACGGCUCUUACUAGAGCGGUACGAUAUUCCUCGUCAUUUGAAAUAUUUAAUAACGAACGCCGUGCUAUUCGUUCAAUGUUCUUAUAUAAUAGAUAUCCAUCAACUUAUAUUAAUGAGCAAUUCCAAAAAUUCUUUGCUGGCUAUAGGUCAUCAUCAACUUCGUCACUUUUACCAAUGAUUACAGACGAAAGUCAAUUUUUUGCAUUACGUCAAACAUUAUCGAAUCAACCAACAGCUAAACAAACACAGCUUGCAAGAAGUGUAGUUGCCGUCAAUCUUACACAAGAUACUCAACAUGUUCCACAGAGAAAUACACAAUUAAUGGAGGCAACAAUCACACGAAAUAAUAUUAAAUUCAAAAACAAUAUCUUUGUUCAUGUUACACAUGAGGCCAGACUCAAAGGCUUAGCACGUGGAAUUCAUCUGAUACAUGAUAGCCACUUCAAGAAUACAAUCCAUGGAGAUAUUAGAUUGAUUGUCGGUUAUCGAAAUAAUCCAAAUAUAGAAUUCGAACUUUCACGUAAACGACCAUCUUCAUCAAUACUGAAAGAUCCAUUAAACAUGGUUCAAAAACAUUACCAACAAGCAACCAUGAAAAACAAAUUCAAUCAAAAUAAACAAAAUCGCAAACGUCAAAAUUACAAAAAGAAAAAUCGUCGAUUACGUAUGAAAAAGAAACAAGUCUCUCUUAAUAACCAACUUCAAUUAGCAACUAUUGAACCAAAUGCACAACUUCAGAAUUUAUCCAUACACCAAGAUUUGGCAAUAAAAAAAAUCUAUAAUCCUUUGGACAUAGCAACAAGUUCUGAUCCAACAUUAUUAUUACCGGAUUAUUUAACCAUAUCGGACAGCAAGUUUAAAGAAAUAUUAUUAACAUCAACGUCAAAUAAUAUGAAUACCGAUACACUAAGUGAAUUAUUGAAUCAGAAAGAAAUAUUAUUAUUUAUUCGUCAACUUACACAGCUCGUCAAUAAANGGCAUGUUUGGUACGAAAGAGAAUAUGAAAGUCAAAUUAAAGAAGUCAAACAUCAAUAUGAAGUGGUAUUACAUCAAUUCGAAUUAACUAGUUCAAGUCAUAGUUGUUCAAAUAAUGGAAUCACACCUCUGUAUCAAUCUUUUCUUAAUUAUAUCAAUCAUCGAAUAAAGAGAAGAAAAGAAGAGAUCGCUUAUGAAAAAAUACCUAUUUAUCGAAAACAAUUAUUACGUGUUCAGCGACGAUCAAAAUCCAUAAACAAAAGAGUGACUAUUAAGCCGAAUGUCAUUGUCGAUCUCAUUUAUCAUCCAUUUACUGAUACUCAACUUGCUUAUCUUUCACGAGGACCGACUUACAUACAACCCAAUUCAAAUGUAUUUGUUCCAGAAGAAACUCUGCAAAAACGAAUUAAGAAAGAACAUGAUAAUACCAUGACAAAAAUUAUGACGUACAUGUCCGAGUUGAAAGAUAUACCAAACAUACCAUUAUCAUCACCAGUAUAUAAAUCAUAUUCGGAUCGACUUCGAUCCUGUCUAACUCAAACUUAUGUGACUCUCAUACCAUUAAUCGAUCAAAUACGUGCUCUGCGAGAAUUAAAACUUGUUCAAUCAAUUCGAAAGAAAUUAAAAAAAUAUAAACUUAUCCUCCGUGAAACGGAUAAAAGUGGUGUACUACAUAGUGGUCGUGCCAUCGAUUAUAAACGAAAAGCGGCUGAAUAUCGACAAACCACAGGUGCUUAUGAAGAAUUAACUUCGAAUCCAUUCAAUGAUAUCAUUUGUACUGUAACCCGUUUACUUAAUCAAUUACAAUCAAUGAAACGAAUAAGUGAAUGGCACAGACGCAAAAUGCACCCAGUUCGGAAAAAGACAGAAUUAGCUUAUAUGUAUUUUAUUCCCAAACCACAUAAGAAAGCUACACCACUUCGACCCGUUUUAAAUACAGUUCAUGCUGCAACCAAGCAAAUUUCUCAAUAUUUAGAUAAAUUAAUUCGACCAUUAUUCGAUCGAUUUGUACGUCAAACGACCAUUGUAGAUGGUGCUGACCUUCUUGCUCACCUUCAAAAAUAUAUUCAAAAAGCUAUUCUUGCUGAAUUUCUUCGUGAACAUUAUUGUGAAAAAGUCAAUGGAGUUUCCAUUGAUACCAUUGUCGAAUUAGGUCGUAUUGUACUUAAAGCCAAUGCAUUUGUCUGUACUAACAAAUUUUGUCGACACAUUAUUGGUGGUGCUAUGGGCUCAGCAUUUACUUUAACAUUAGCAAAUAUCUUCAUGUGGAAAUGGGAAAAGCAAACUAUUUUACCAAAACUAGGUUCUCAUGAGAUAUAUGGCCGAUAUAUUGAUGAUGUUUUCUUUACAUCGAACGAAUUCCAAGGCAAAGUAAAAGAAUUAUUAGAAGCUGCAAAUAAUUUUCAUCCAAAUAUUAAAUUAGAAUAUAAUAUUGGUAAAAGUGUUGCAUUCCUCGAUGUUUUGGUUAAGAACAACAAUGGUAUUCUGGCAUCAUCGAUCUAUCAUAAACCUUCGGCUCAACCAACCGUGGUAUCAUUUUUAUCGGAUCAUCCACGACACGUAUUUCGAAAUGUGAUUCAAACGGUUCUCACUAGAGCGGUACGAUAUUCAUCGACAUUUGAAGUAUUUAAUAACGAACGACGUGCUAUUCGUUCAAUGUUCUUAUACAAUAGGUAA